AUGGAUCUCAAAGACACACCGCAGUCUCACCCGUUUCCUGACGCUGAAGAGAAUGUGAGCAGCAGCAGCAGCAGCAAUAGCAGCAGCAGCAGCAGCAACGACGGUUCGGCAGCAGCAAAGGUCAUGCCAGCCGACGGCAGCGCAGCAGCAGCUGCUGCUGCUGCAGCUGCUGCUGCUGCAGCAGCAGCAGCAAUAGCAGCAGCAGCAGAAACUACUAUAAACAAAUCAUCAGGAAGCUUCGCUGCAUGCGGUUUGCAUUCGGGUGUGCAUGCACCUCCGCGGCCUCACAGCAGCAGCAGCAGCAGCAACAGCAGCAGCAGCAGCAGUACGCUGCAGCAAGACGGCGGCUCGCUUGUGCAGGAAACGCCAGAAGGCCCCACAACCCCCGAAGUAUCUGCAGCAGCAGCGGCAGCAGCAACAGGAGCAGCAACAGCAGCGGCAGCAGCAGCACAAGUCCCAGCAGCAGCAGCAGCAAAUGGUGCUGAGCAUGGCAUGCGAGGAGCACGUACCGCCGUAUCGGUGCGUUGCUCAGCAGCAGCAGCAGCAGCAGCAGCAUCAACAGGCAAUGCAGCAGAAGCAGCAGCAGGUGAUGGAGGGGUAGCAGACGCAGCAGCAGCAGCAGCAGCAGCAGCACGCGAUGCAGCAACAACAGCAGUAGCAGUACCAGACUGUGAAGCAGCAUCACCAGCCGAUAGUACAGCAGCAACAGCAGCAGCAGCAGCACCCGCAGCAGCAGCAGCAGCAACAGCAGCAGCACCCGCAGCAGCAGCAGCAGCAGCAGCAACAGCAGCAGCUGAGCCUUAUCCCCGUAAGUCUUGUAGAGAAGCAGCAACUCUAUCUUUGCUGCGAGAGAGUCUAUGUCUAAUGCUCAGCGAUCUGUUAGAUAUUUGCUCCGCUCGCCUCUGUUAUUUGCUGACGCCGCAGCAGCGCAGCAGAUUCACAGAGCCCUUAAAAGCACAUGCAGCACAUAUUCAGCGGACACAAGACGAGCGGGAUCUGUUGGGUUAUAUGAAGUUAUACUUUGACGAUUAUGUUAUAAAUAAAAUAUAUCCUUCAGAAGACAGCUGCUUCGCUCGUGUCUUAGCUUUGCUUGAAGCUUUAGCUGCAUGUCUGCCUCCUGUACGGGGCUGCAUGCAGUCUGCUAAACCAUAUAAAUAUAUAUCUUUAGGAGCAGAAACUAAUGCAGACAGCACCGACUUAUUCGCGAGCAUAUCUACAAACCUUCAUAAACACCAGCAACAGCAGCAGCAGCAGCAGCAGCAGCAGCAGCAGCAGCAGCAGCAGCAGCAGCAGGUGCAGCAGCAGCAGCAAAAGGACGAGGAAGGGAUGCGCGAUGGCAUGCAACGGGAAUCCCAGCAGCAGCAGCAACAGCAGCAGCAGCAGCAGCAACAGCAGCAGCAGCAGCAGCAGGAAGAGGGAUGGUCUCAGGGUAUUCAAACAAAUUUGCUGCAGCGCGGACGUCAUCGCAGCAGCAAAAAAAGAAAGUGCAGCUAA